GGCACUUACGGGUACACUCAUUUGCAAAAAUAGCUUUUAUUGAAGAUAACAUGUUCCACCAUUCAGCACACACACAUGGUCAUAAAAAUUGACUCCACUGUCCAGAGAGAUACGAGCACAGAGUUGUAAACUUGUAUGAAGGCCAGAGCUCGGCAAAGAAAAUAUCGUAGAAAAAUAUCCAUAUAAAAGAACUAGUAUAAUCAUUAGUAAAGAACAUCAAAAACCAGCGCAACUCCAUAAAUCACAGUUUACAUUUCUAUGGGAAAGGCUUUGACUGCACUUGGUCCCACAAACUUUUAAUUACUGACGAUGUGCUCGAGGUUUUACUGAUAUGCACUGUGUGCAAUCAUUAAUUGUUUGUGCAAAGUCAGCAUCAGCCAAUGCAUCAUCACAACUUUUACCCUGAAAACACGCUCAACACGUUUGGAUAUGUAUUCCUCGAGAAAUCACCCAGAUAUAGCCAUGUUAGUGUGACACACGGUGGGUUAACAACAUGACAGCGCACAAAAGUUGCAAUAAACAAUGGAUGACUGUUGCAAAAAAAAAGAAGGCACAUCACCAUUCUGUCUACAGUGAAAACAGUGUGACACAUUUCUUGAAUAUUGGGAAACAGCACACACAGAGAGGUCCGGCCCCUUCCGGAGUUGAAACAAAGAUAAUCUGUACAGACCCUGGCCUUUGCAUGAUGUAAAACAAUAUGUAGCUUCCACCAUAAGAGUGUAUACAAAUGCAUAUGUGCGAUCAACAAUACCAGUGAAACAAUCACCACUAUGAAUGGUCACUCCACCGAGGUAGACCGUAUUAAAAAAAUAAAGAAUUAUGAUAUAUAUGAGGGCACAAUGUAAUUAGGAGUAAUCAUCGGAUAAAGAUACAACAUAAAAACACCGCACUAACGGCAACAGGACAAUUGACAAGAACUAAAACCUAGUUUCUACUUUGCUUCAUUCGUUUGUUUCCUUGGCAGUCACAUCAGCUACUUACGAUAUAGGGAAUACAGUGAAGCCUCAAUAUAAAAGAAAGCACGGAUAGAGACAACAUUAGUUAAUUCAAGCCUGACAAGACCAUCGAAACUGAUCGAAUUAUCUGGCUGGUCAAAUUAAACAAGAUGCAGAAAAUCCCAAAACACUUUGCGGAUACAUUUGACUGCGUUUGCCCGAGUCUAACAAACCGCCAAAUCAAAUGCGCACCCAAUAUCUGCAUCUGAAGUAGAAAACUAAAGCAUAAAUGAAAUUAAAGCUCCUAAACAAAGUAUAAAUAGAAUCCGGACCCGAUUUUAACGCGAGAGCAUUAAGGGCCUGUGUCGCAUAAAAUGUGGCGACGGCGUCCGCAGCCAAGGAAAUCAUUCCAAACCAUGCAGACCCUCUGCGUGACGCAUAGGCGUUACUGAACUAAGUGAAUUUCUCAAAGUAGAAUGCAUCAGAAAAUUUGUCAAGUACGACUUGCAUACAACCUACAGACAUGAUAGCGUCAGAUUGUAAUUUGAAUAUGCAAGAAAGCAUCAUUCUGUUAUGCGGAAACUCAAACGCAAACCCCCUUUCCAACUGCCAUUUGAGGUUUGUCUUAGUAGGAGUGGUGUGGCCCACUUGGUGCCUUGCAACACCAUCAAAAUAAAAGAACCUACAUGCAUAACGUUUGCCGCCAGCAUUUCCAGGAAAACAUUACCUGCAGUUGCCGGGAUGCGUGAAGCCCAGGGAUCUUUGAAUGAUAUCGUGUUCCACCUUUAAAAGUGAAACCAUUUUUUUAGGAUGGUGGCAAGUUUCCUAAACUUCGCUUCACCGCAAUACAGCUGUGUUUUGAGGUAAAGCGUACAAAUGCCACAAGGGCAGUUUUGGUUUCGUAUCUGAUUGCACCAUGCAGGCUACUUUCGCCACAAUUUCCUAGGAAAACAAAAGGCGCGCUUUAGAAUCGGGUAAACACCAUAGUCAGACAUUACGUGCUACCAUUGUUGCUUGACUAUUUUCCUAGGGCUGGCUGGAAAUAAGCAUUUUCGACGGGAGGUGACGUGUGUUCAAUGCAUUCACAGUUCCUUAAGCUCUGCUGUGACAGAUGCUGCCACGAAAGGGAUCGUUAAUCGUGUUACCACAGGGGUCAAAUGCAUGCAUGCUGAAUGGUCAACUUUGAAUUACCUGGUGAAGGUCAAUUUUAGAAUCGAAAUAAUGCCUGUUUGGGCCCAUCGAAAUGCAUGUGCGCUGGCUGAGAAAUUCGGUUGGGAUCGAAUUAACUGGAAAAUCUAAAUAAGAGAUAAUAUUGGUUACAGUGAAGCGAAUAGUAGUAUGCCUACAGCUCAAAGUAUGCGUUCCGGUAGCAGAAAUGUCAAAUACUCGGCAAGAGCAAUUUGAGAUGAAACAUUCUGGACAUGCAUGCUUGGGCCAAUGGCUCAAAUUGGCUGGCCUGCCCCAACGUGCCGAUUCUGUACAACUGGAUCAACCACACCAUCACGGAGUAAUGGUACAAAAGGCAUUCGUAAUUUCGAGCUGUUUACGUGCCACGUAUCACCAUGGUAAGGUACCUACAGACCACUAAAAUUGACAGAGCCUUAACUGUCUCAUUGAAGGCAUCAUGCUUGCAUUCCUUUCGCUUAGACUCAACCGAGAAAUUGUUAUUCUUUUAAUGACAUCAGCGAGUAUGCUUAUAAUGAAUAUCGGGUGUAUUUUCACUACAGUGAAACUUCAUUUGGUGUACUCAUUUGGUGUAUUCAAGCAACAUCAUGAGAGCUGUAUUGUCGGCCUAUUCACUGCUUCUGCAGCAUGGCUGGACAUAAAGCAGACAUAUGCAGAUCAGGACAAUGUGCAACCAUUCACCAUAGCAGAUGUAAAUUAUGGUAGCCACUGCAGCAGUAGCUAAUUUAUUAAAUACCGCCCACAAGCCUCUUUGCGUACCCAAAUUCCCACCCUAUUCUUUUGCACUCCUUUUGUUUUCUUUUGUAUCUUGGGUUCUUUUGUACGCUCAGCCUAUAGCGUCCCCUAAUCUUGGAUCCCAUAUUACUAAAGCUCCAUAAUGUCAGCGCAUACUUCCCACUGAAGUGAGUUUAGAUGUAUGCUAUUCAGGGUUACAGAGGUCAGACGUGCAGCCAUGCACAACCUGAAUGUUCUCACACAAACAUCUAGGUUAUCACCUAGAAAAAAAUGCAGCUUGUGCAGUGGGUCCACAUUCCAUGCUAUUUCUGCCAUUCCAUGCUAUUUCUAAGAAGCUCCAUGGUGCUGCAAUGGAAGCUGUUAGCCAAAACUUGGAACUGGCGCGAAAAGUCACGAAAGACGCCGUUGACGGCGGCGAUGUGCCAGUCAUGUUUGACGGCACUUGGCAAAAAAGGGGCCAUAAAAGCCACAACGGAGUGGGCACAGCUGUUUCCCUGGACACAGGUCUUUGCUUGGACUUUGAAGUCCUUUCAAAUUACUGUCUUGCUUGCAGUAUCCACAAGGACAUGGGUGAUGAUGAUGAGGUAUGGCAAGCCUUUCAUCGUCCUGUAUGUGAAAAAAACACCGAAUGUUCAUCCCAUGCAAUGGAACCUGAAGCAGCAGUGCGCAUAUGGCAGAGGACUUUGUCAUACGAGACCCCACUGCGCUUCACAAGCUUCUUGAGUGAUGGGGACAGCAAAGCCUUUACUGCCGUCUGUGGGGCUGAGGUGUACGGUGACACUGUCAUCGAAAAAGAAGAGUGCACCAACCACGUUGCAAAACGCCUAGGCACUGCUCUGCGAAAAAUGACAACGCCACUGCCACGAGGUGAAAAGCUAACGGUCGCAGCCAUCCAGAAACUGCAGACAUACUACCAAAUAGCCAUAACAAAUAACAAGGGCAGUGUGCGCAGCAUGUACACUGCUAUAUGGGCCUCAUAUUUUCAUUGUUGCUCCAGUGAUGGGGCCAGCAGCCACAAAUUUUGCCCUGCUGAACCAAAUUCCUGGUGCAAACAUAGGCGUGCUGAAGCACUGGGGGAGCCUACACCACGCCACACCCCCUUGUUGACAAAAGCUCAGGGCUUGGCAAUUAUGCCUAUAUAUAAGCGCCUUACUGAUGAGAAGCUCCUGGCUCGGUGCCUUCAUGGCAAGACGCAAAACGCAGCAGAGUCACUCAACAGCAAGAUAUGGCUGCUGUGUCCAAAAACAAAAUUUGCUUCCCGGACAUCUGUGGAGACAGCCACGGCUAUUGCCGUGCUGUGGUACAAUAAAGACCAUGCGGGCUUUGAAGAAGUCCUACAAGAGAUUGGAGUACUUCCCCCAGAAGAGUUGGUCACACAUAGCGACCAUUCUGAUGACAUGCGCGUAAAGAAAAUGAACUUGAAGCGAACCGCAGAAGCAAGGGCGCACCGUCGUAGCGCAGUGAAAAGGGCUUGCACCGAGGAGACCAACAGUAGGAGCCGGGAAGGGCCAAGCUACAGUGCAGGAGCAUUCUAGAAACUUUUGUGUGCUUUCUGUGAAGCUGCUCUUGAGUGUGACAAAGAUUAAUGCAAAAACAACUGGAUUUUGAAGAAUAGAAGGUUUUGAAACUUUCAAACCUGUUUUUCUCAUUUUCAAUUUUUUUUAUAUUUUCGUGUCUUCCGGGAAGCCUUUUGUACACUUAGAAUUGGUGUAUACUAAUGAGAUUUGGCACACAUACUCUUGAAGGUAUGUAGAAUACCGAUAUCUACUUGAAAUUUCAAUAUCAGUCGUCAGUAAUUACAAUAGUACGAAGUUAUGUCUCAGGGAACUAAAAGAAACAAUGGUCGAAGUGCCAAAAUUUUUUUCUCCCACUUCCUAUAACUGAACACGCUUUUUGACUAGAUAUCGGUACUCUGUUAUCUAGGAAGAGCUAAAUAAGCUAUAGCACGAUACCUUUUGUGAAAGUUUAGUUCAUAAAAAAGUGCCCGUAAAGACCCCUAUAAUUUGCACUUCAGUAUAAUAUAACUCGAGAACUAUAGCAGCUACACAAAAACUAAUUGCAUAUUUGAAAUCUGCAUAAAAAACUCUUCAGUUGGCUGAAUUUUGAAGUCUCUGGUACAAAUAAUAAAAAAAAAGUUGUUUCGAGGAGCCUCUCCCCUUAAUGAGGGCAUUUUUAGAGACUUCUAGGGUGAUUUCUAGGGUAAGGGAGUGCCAGGCAGACGGUCCUGUGAAACCAUGGCUUCAGAAGCACCGAGUCAUUCACGGGCUUCGGGAUGACAACAUGCCAACCGAGCGUAGAGCAAAAGUGGUGUGCUACAACACAUGUGGAAGGAGACGCCCGAUGGUUGGCCUGGCUUUUCUCCGAGCCUGAGUGGCCAUGGUGAUAGUGGUGUGCUCUUUUUCUAGCGGCUUUGAAGAUACAGACUGUUGGUGGCAGUUCUUUCCUCCACCGAUUCUGGCAGAGGCUGGCGAUUA